UUGCAUUCGACUUCGAAGGUCGGCGCGCUUAUUGGUUUGGUUGAGACACUACAAUUUGAUUCAUAUGGACUUCUAGGUUGCAUCAGAAAUACAAGGAAUUAGUCAAUAUUAUCGCUGGAUAGUUUCAUUGUUACCAGGUAAUUUCUCCUUUGUUCUCUUGGAGAAUACUGAACAUACACAUCAGCAAAUUGCCUGACAACGACGUACUUCUUGACAACUCAUCUUCCCUACGACUAAAAUAUAGACAGAAAGUUUUGUAAUGAGACACCACCUUCAGUGUUUAUGGAACAAAGUUGAAAACGCUCCUGUCAUUGUUAAUACAGAUGUUGUACGGACAGUAUAUAGAUUUAAUCAACCUGCGUGUUCUUUUGGGAAUUGCCAAACGACAUGUAAAUACUUAUCUUCUUGCCUAAAUGGCUUACUCAAAAUAAAUGUACUGAACGAAGAAAUAUGUGAUAAAACUGAACCAGAGUCUCCUGUUGAAAAUUUACUGACGCAUAGCCGUAAUGGUUUGAAGAAUUAUGGGAGUACGUGUUACUUAAAUGCAUUUUUGCAGCUUUAUUUUCGGUUCAAGGAACUUCGAAAAGCAAUAUAUGAUAUCCCAUCACAAGCUGACGAAACCGGUAUAAUACACCAGCUACAAUUAAUAUUCAGUCAACUUCAGUUAAACAAUUCAGGUAUUGUUGAUCCAGGAGGUUUGAUUGAAGCAUUGCGGUUGUGUGAUACAGAGCAACAAGAUGCUCCUGAGUUCCAUUGUUUAUUUAUGAAUUUAUUAGAAGCACGUUUCCAGCAAGUUGGUGUAUCUGUUAUUGACGACUUGAUUAGAGGAGAAUAUAUUUAUGAAAAUAGCUGUCUGAAAUGCGGUUUCACAUCUCGGUUACCUUCAAAGUUUUUAGAACUAUCAUUGAAAGUUUCUUCAAAGUCACUUCCAGAUUGUAUACGGGAUUAUUUAAAGGAAGAACAAUUAGUUGGCGAUAAUCAGUAUGCUUGUUCACAGUGUGGUUGUAAACGAGAUGGUAUUAGAAGAGCCUAUAUAACACGUGCUCCACCAUUGUUAUGCAUUCAAUUGCUUAGAUUCACCUACGAUUCAAACACUGGUCAACGUAAAAAGUAUAAAGCUUCUAUUCGUCUGCCUGAUCUUCUUGAGUUGACAAAAGUUGUUGAAAAUCCAAAAAGUAAUAAACAUCUAAAUUGUGAACAUUCUGUGGAAUGUUUGAGUGCAGAUUCCGAUCCAUGUCAUCGCGCAUAUCGUCUCUGUGGUGUACUUUUACAUAUUGGCAACCAACCAACAUCAGGACAUUAUAUAGCUGUUCUUAGAGAUUCUUACAAAAGAAUCAAUUUAUCUGGUGAUAAAAACACAGAAUCAAGUACUGAAGAUGAUCAUCCUUUAAAAUCAAAUGAAUGUUGGAGUGUUUGCAAUGAUAUAGAUGUCUUCAACGUACCGUCAAAUCAAUUUAAAUUAGCAAAAAUUAACGGAUCAGCUAAAUCAUUGCAAAGCUAUCUAGCCACUACUGAAACAUCGGAUUCGUCAAUAAACCUUACUAAAUCUGAUCAAUCUUCUGAAAAGUGUUCUAGUCGUAGAGCAGCCAAAAAACCUCGUCAUGAUACUUCCUCAAAUGAUCUUAGUUUCACUGACCUUAAUGAAAGUAGAGAUUCUACAACUUCUAAGUGUAUGUCACAGGACGAUUUAUGGCAUAGUUCAACUAAUGCGUAUAUGGUAUUUUAUGAAUCGGUGGAUAAUUGUAAUAUGGAUGAAGAUAUUACAGUUCCUAGUGACUUACGCAAAACAAUUGAAGAAGUAAAUUUAACUGAACAACAAAAGCGUCUAUCUGAACAACAAAAUAAAGUAAAUCGUAAAAAUCAAUUACUUGAAAUACUAUCCAACCUGAAAUUACCUGAUCCUAUCAAUUCAUCACCGAAUAAUAGUACUUCGAUAUCAAUAAAUCCUCUCGAUAAUGUAUCUUUGGUAUCAACAUCGUGGUUAUGUGAUUGCCUUAAUAAUCCGUUGUUAUUGGGAGAUGCAUGCUUAACUGAUGCUCAGAUAAAAUCGCUUUCAAAACUCAGAGACUACAUAUUUCCCUCUUCUUUAUCAAAUCAAUCAUCUUAUACCUUACGCACCUGUUCACAUGGCCAUGCUCCUACAGAUCUUGUUGCAGGUUCAUACAGAGCUGUUUCUAGCGAAGGUUUUAAAAAGCUUAUUGAGAUUCUCUUCCAAAAAUCAUUUGAUGCCAUUCAAUCUGAAGAUAAUAGGUUUAAUCGAUUUCAACCGUGUCGAAAGUGUAUUACACUAAAUAUCGCAUUAUUAAAAGUUGAAAAUGCAAUUAAAGAAUUAUCUAAAGAAUUGGACUAUUUUAUAAAAACUAAUCAUUUGUCUUCCUCAUAUUAUAAACGUCUUCAAAGUGAAAAGACAGACUCAGUUCCUUUGAAUCCUGAACCUGGAUAUUAUUUAAUUGGUAAGAGAUCUCUUCGUCAAUGGAAAACUCUUGCACGUCAUUUCACACGAGCUUUUUACUCUGAUUAUGAUGAUGAUUCUAAGUCACCAACAACUGGCCAUCAUACACAAACAACAUUUAAUCAUGAUAUUCUUUGUCCUCACGGUCAAAUUUGUACAGAAAAUACACGUUAUUUACCAGCCGUACUUUGGCAUAAAUUAGUCGAUUUAUUUCCUGGUGUAAAGAUUCCUACAUUCCCUAUUUAUAUUCCUUAUGACAAUAACAAUAAUGCAUCUAUCAAUUCCAUUAGUAUAUUCAAUAAAUCAGAGUCAUCUUGUUCUGAAUGUAACGCAGUACAAAAUGACUUGACAAAACGAGCAUUAUGUGAACGUCAAAUGCUUCCUGGCUUAUUCUUGUCAAAUGUUCAACGUAUGCGACUUUUACACUCUACCGGUCAAACAGUAAAUACAGCUGUAAAUAUAAAAGAAGACACUUUAAGCGAAUGCAAAUUUAACUUUGAAGGGGUCAAUAAUUCUAAGUCAGAAAAUUUAAACGGUCAUUCUACAGAUACCGAUAAGAAAUUAAAUAAUUUAAAUACCAAUGUUCUUUACUUGAUUCCAAUGAAUUUUAUUAUACAAUGGAGAAAAUUUAUUCGAAAUCCAACAGCAGAUAAUUUACCUAGUUCGCUAUUAUCUGGCUUUAACUCAGAUGGCGUGCUUUGUGAACAUGGCCAAAUGCUAAAAACAUGGCAUGCUCUUAUAAAUGAGUCAAUAUUGUGUCCCUUAACUUUUUAUGAAUGGGAUGUCUUGUCUCACGCAUAUCCCCAUCGUUUUAAGGAAAACGAAAUACCUUUGGAUCAUGAUGGACCGGAGACAAAAAUAACUUUCUAUCCACCGAUGUAUUUACUUCCACAGAAUGAUUCUGAACUGAAGUGGAGAUUGGAACCAUCAUCUUAUGGCAGUUUAUGCCCAAAUUGUCAACCUGAGAUAAUCAGUGAUCAGAUUUUUAAUAAUGCUAGAAUCCGUAUACGUCUGGUAUCUGGAUUCGAUGAAGCAUUAAGUAGUUGCGUCCAGUCAAAACUCACCUCUGUUCAGGAAUCCUUGAAUUGUGUGCCACAGGAUUUUCAAACUGACACAGAAAUUUGUGCUCAACCAACAACUGACAUCAUAAUUCCGAACAAUUCUGAUCAGGAAAUGGAUAAUGUGAGAGAAAUAAAAGAUUAUUUCAAUAAACGAUGUAAUAAUUUAGAAUUAUCCAAUUCUGUUAGCAAAGAUAUCACUCCACGUCUUUCAUCAGAUAAUGAAACUAGUGUAAUAGACCAAUUACCUCCAUCAUCUAAUCAUCAGCAUCAACAUGUGCUUUAUGAUAAUACAAAUAGUCAAUUAUCUAAUCAACAUUUAGAGUCUUCAUCUACAAAUUAUAUUAGACGUUCUUCACGUCAACGUUUUAAUCCUAAAGAUUUAUUGAUCAAAGUGAACAGUAGUGAUACUCUUCUUAAUGUGAAAGUACAAAUUAUGCAAAACUUAGGUGUUAUACCUUCCGAUCAACAUAUUAUGUCAAAUGGUCUAGAACUUACUGACCAUACGAAAACAUUACAAGAGUUAAGUAUUUGUCCCAAGACUAUUCUCUAUUUAUGGUCAGAUGAUCCAACAUGGAAUCCUAAUCGAACAAGUUUUGAUAAUGGUACAAUCAAGUUAACGACACAAAAGUUGAAAUCAAAUAGUCCAUGUAAAUCAAACUCUGAAUCAAUUCAUACAGAAUCAGGAUUCAAAGGAACCCGACUGCUUGAAUUUUAACCGGAUAGUUUUUUUAUUGCUUCAGUUUUUUCUCUACUCUAAUUAACCACUUUACCUGUUGUCCUGCUUUUUUUAUCUUCCAAACACAAUGAUUAUAUAUAUACAUGUAUUUCUUGUUUGCUACUAAUAUUUUAUGUCCUGAAUGAUAAAGAUGCAUGACUUGAACAAUGUCGUAGAUCUAUGACAUAAUUAUAAUAACUUAUGACUAAUCAAGUAUUUUUGCAUGUUUACUUUUAUUUUUAAAAUUGUUAGUUAACAAAGAUUUGAAUCUGUAAACUUAUAUUUGUAUAUAUUCACUGUAUACUUUGAAUCGUACAAUUUAACUCUGGUUUCGAUUAGACGAAAAAGCAUAAUUAUGUCCAAUUAAUUAUGAUUAGUUAGUCAGAUAAACAGUGGGAUCAAGACUUUUAGUUGUUUAAAUUUCUUGAGUCACAUUCUUGAGUACACUUCAUUAUGUACUGUGUUACUUAUACAUGUUACCCCUUGUAGAGGGGCAUAGGCCGCCUACCAGCAUACUCUGUCCUUGGCAGUUGUUUCCACUUGCUAUAUGUUCUUUUUAUGUCUGCUUCAAUCCGUAACACAGUUUGUUCUUUGGUCUUUCACUUUUCCGUUUCCCUUCAAGAUCUCAAGUUAGCGCUUACCUCGUGAUGCAGUUUGAUUAUUUCCUAGAUGUAUGUUCUACCCACCUCCAGCGCAAUUUCCUAGUUUACGCUUUAACUGGAAACUGGUUAUUCUCUCCCACAGUAGGUUGUUGCUGAUGGUAUCCGACCAACGGACAUUGAAUAUAUUGAGUAGAAAAUUGUUAUAAAUACAUGUACUUUUUUAUG